CGUCACCGGCGUUUUAUUCAGCGGUAGAAGGUCGCCAGCAGCUGGACGGAAUUUCACAGAAUUCCGGCCCAAAACUAGCUGUGAACAUUCAAAACGGACUUUUUAGUCGCUCGGGACGCGGCGUGAUGUGAGAGGAGCUGAAAAAGUCCAGGAACGCGGCCGCACGUCGCGUUUGGUCGGACUGUUAUGAAACCUCGUUAGCCGCCGUAGUUACCGAACGAAGGCUGAGGCAGGAACAGGCGGCUCGGUUCGGCUCGGCUCGCGGUAGCUUGUCGCACAGAAUCGGGGACUUGUGACUCGGCUACUGUCGGACCGCCCUUCGCUCCUGCCUCGGACGGAGUUGCUGGUUUGAUGGCAGCCACGGCCGGUGCCCGGAGGUUGCCCAUGGGUGUGCGGACGUUCAGCGACUUCCUCCAGAUCGCCACAGUGGGUUCUCCUCGCUCGUGUCCUAAGACGGUGCCGAGAGGAUGCUCGCGCCAGAACAUCAGACACCUGUCUUCAUGUGGCAUUUUGAUGACAAGAAGUCCCAGGGUGCUUUGUCAUCAAGAGUGGGACACGAUGACUGCUGCUCCCCAGAGCAGAAACUUCAUCAGCCUUACCAACAAAAGGAAGGAGUACUCUGAGCGUAGGAUACUUGGUUACUCUAUGCAGGAAAUGUAUGACGUAGUGGCCAACGUAGACGAGUACAAGCUCUUUGUGCCUUGGUGUCAGAAGUCCCAGACCAUCAUGAAGAGAGCAGGUCACUCCAAAGCCCAGCUUGAAGUAGGAUUCCCUCCAAUGAUGGAGAGAUACACGUCAAUGAUCACAAGUGUUAGGCCUCAUUUAGUCAAAGCAGUGUGUACAGAUGGAAAACUCUUCAAUCAUCUGGAAACAAUAUGGCGCUUUAGUCCUGGCAUUCCUGGUUACCCUCGGACCUGCACAGUAGACUUUUCUAUCUCCUUUGAGUUCCGCUCCCUGCUCCACUCCCAGUUAUCCAGCAUGUUCUUCGAUGAAGUCGUAAAGCAGAACGUCGCUGCGUUCGAGCGGCGAGCCUGCAAGUUGUACGGCCCAGAGACUCGAAUCCCACGAGAGCUGAUGUUUCACGAGGUUCAUCAGACAUGAUCUUGGCGACCGCACGUCAUCGUCUGGCCUUAAACCAACGUCUGUCCGCUCCAUACACUCAGACCUGCAUGUUGCAGCUUAGCCCCCCCCCCCCCCAUCGACUCCUCCCUGCUGCAGACACACAAGGGACGUCUGCACCACAAUGUUCAAAUUCCUGCCUUCUCUCGUUCAGUCCGUCUACCUCCAGUUUAGUUAUUACUCGUGCUCCACGGUGGUUCCACAGUAAACCAUGACAUCAUAUUACACGUGUAAUAUCGAUUGUUGUUUUUUACAUACGGGGGCUCUCGGAGCCGGACCUGUGCUCAGGUUUUCUGGCUGCAGGGCUCCCUCACCCAUCAGCAUGCUGCAACCAACAAACACACGUUUUGUUUGCCUUGCACCGUUUGUUCCUGCUUCAAGUGGACAUUUUAAUCUACCGUACGUCCAAAUGUCGAGCUGCCGCAGCAAAGUUCUUCAACCUUUUAAUUUAUUUAGCAGUGAGUAGAAGGAGAGUGUGGGCUUGUUAGAGGUGCCAUGUUUUGGGAUGUUUGUGGUCACUGUGACAGUAUUAGUUAUUUCAAAAGGAUAAAAGUAAUUCUUUCUCCAACUGCAUUCUGUCUUGACCAGAGAAACGUUGCUUUAACUCAGCUGCUGUGACGAUUGUAUUUUUUUUAAAAUAAGGCCUUAUUUUACGUCCCACCCUCAAACUGUCAGUCAACGUGCACAAAAUGCUUGAAUCCAAUUGUUGGAUUGCUGGAGUGACUGUGAAAGUACUUCGAAUCAGGAAAAAUCAAACUGUUGCAUAUUAUCUCAGAAAACUGCAACUUUAUAUUUGAUAUUUUAUUUUAUAGAUUUGUGAAGCUAAAGGUAAAAGAAGCUGUUUCACGUGACUUCCACUGAAGCUUUUUUUAAUUUAAAUCUAAAAUCACACACUGUAGAAGACAAAUGUAGAUUCCCUGAGCUGAUAUAAUUUUGUGAUCCAUCCUCUGGAGGUGAUCAGGACCACGAUGUUUUUAUUUAAAAGAUGCUGGUGAGCUGUAGAAUAAAACAUGACAAAUUA